AUGCUAAGCCGUGUCUAUAAAGAGGUAAAACUUCCUCUUCCUGACGAUUUCUUUCCAGCUAUGACCAUCUCAGCACAACGUGUCAAUGAGUAUCACAAUAAUGCCAAGCAAUUACUUCACGAGACACUUCAUACAAGUGUACCAGUCUCAAGACUUGAUCCAAGUCAACAACCAAAUCAAUGGAAGGUUAUUGGCAAUCGGAAUGGACUCCAAUUGUAUCGAGAACGUGGAUUUCAUAAAGGAGAGGCAGUCAAAGUCCAUGUUAUGGGUCAAAUGUCAGGUACACUUGACGACGUUUUAUUAGGUUUAUAUGCUACAACAAAUGGAGCACUCAAGACACAACGAGCGAUUCUCCAUCCCAAUUAUCUCGAUAGCGCUGUCUUACAAGUUCUUACAAAAGAUCAUUUUUCAGAAGAUGAUUCCAACUUUUCAUAUCAAUUUUCAGGUCUUAAAUGGUUAGCAUGUGCUUCGAGUGGAAAAUUGGUACGAAAACGAGAUUUGUGUUGGUAUGAAGAACUUGGUUAUACACAAGAUGGAAAUGGGAACAAAAUUGGGUAUCUGAUCAUGCAAUCAGUUCAAUUAAAUGAAUGUCCACCACUUGAGUUUCAAGGACUUACACGAUCAAAUGCUGCCGUUUGUUACAUCUUUCGACCACAUUCAGAUCGUCGUGUAGCUGUUUAUAUGAAAGGGAUACAUGCUGUUAGUGGAAACUCAAGAAGUUGGAGUGCAGAUGUGAUUAUGAGUGAGUUAUGGUUAGGAGUAGCCAAUGUGAUGGAAUGUACCAAGGCAAAACAUUUGUCGACACUUGUGCAUCGUACAGAAGUGUUCCAACCUUCAUUCCCGAGAAAAACCUGUGCUAUUUGUGACACAAAGCUUACGAUGCUCAAAAGAAAACAAAUGUGUCAACUAUGUCGUCAGAAUGUAUGCGAACAAUGUUGUUUGACAAAAUUCAUUUAUCCAUUGCAUGCUUCAAGCAACAUUUUAUCCAGUCACGUUUUUUGCAAACCUUGUUUAAGUACGACCAAGGAGAAAUUGUACGCACGACGUUUGUACGAUACAAUGUCCGUCCAACUUGAAUUGGACAGUAGUCCGGAAUCAUCACCUACGACUCGAAUUCCAUUGAUUGAACGACCUGAAAUUCCAAUCAUGUCAUUAUCUGCUGAUUUUACGUUCUCACGACAACGAAUUCGAUUGCAAGAACCUCGAAAACGUCCAAAUUAUCCAUCAACCACAACUUCGACAACCGUUUCAUUGGAUCUUUCAACAACUGACAGCAAGUUUCGCUUCAAUUCAUCAAAUGACACAAAAACGAGAAUUUCGUCAUCUCCUGUUUCAAAAAGUCGUUCCGUUCAAACUUCUCGUGUUCAACGUACAUCAAGUAACUUGUAUCGUCGAAAAUUUGCGUUACGAGGUUAUCGAAAUUAUCAAUUUCCAAGUUCUGAUACUUUGAUUCAGUUCACUAAUCAAUCCAUUGAUAGUACUCAUGAUAUUCAAGAGAUUGAAUCAUAUGAUUACAUGAGUGAUGAAAGUGAAGUGAGUGAAGAAUUUACAAUUGAAGAUGCAAGUUUGGACUUUCGGACUCAUGAACCGAUUCAUCUUUACGAUGAAAGGGAAGUACUUGAGAUUGAAAGUGACAUCUCAUCCUGA